UUUAUUCCUCGGUAGCCAAUGAUGGGAGUGGCUGAGCUGCGUUCCAGGCUGGUGCUGGCAUUUCUCUGCGGCGUCUCUGGCGAGACCCUGGACUCGCUCCACAUCCAUCCUUCCUCGCGCCUGGCGGCCAUCUUCCAAUCUGCCGCCGGGAGCGGCGGGCAGCUGGAUGACGGCGAGCGGGCCGCCUUCGCGGCGGCCAGCGAGGAGCUCGUGGCCGGCUUCUGGCUCACGGCGCCCAUGGAGGUGUCCUUGUACUCCGCCAGUGGCUGUGGCGGGGAGGAGGUGCCGGUGCUGAGCUCCGGCAAUGAGAGCCGUUGCUCAAGCUGCUUUGACGUGUGCGGCAAGACUUUCCCCAGCGGACUGGCGCUCGCUGCGCCCAACACUGGCAGCGCCGGCUUCGUCUCGAAGGUGAAAUCCGUGCGAGUGACGAAGGGUGCGGCCAGCCUGGUGCCCAACUUCUGCAUGGGCACCUACAACUUUGGGCAAGUUACCACAGGAAGCCGGGUGCAGACGGCGCAGGAUGGAUGCAUAGACUUCGCCGAGGGACAGGCACCAGGACAUAUUGCGGCUGUGCCUGCGCCGAUUCUGGAGCUGGUGUCUGGAGACUUGCUGAAAGCGGACCGCGACCCCUUUGAUGAGCGCCUGAGCGCGCAGGAGGCAGAAGCCCUGCCCACGCUGCCUGCAAGUCUCUACACCGCGGCAGACAGCAACCAGGAUGGAUUCCUCUCAGCCUCCGAGUACCUGCAGACCUUGAUGUUGCAUGAGGCAAAGCGGGAGGGCGCCAAAGCCUUCAUGGGCGCGGCAGGCAUGCAGGACUCGGCGGCCGCGGCCCUCGGGCCUGGGGAGAGCUCCCUCUCGGAGUCCCAGCGGGCAGAGCUGGCAAAGAACGCUUUCAGCGGAUACGAGGCCACUGCCGCCGACCCGGAGACGGGCGUGACCCCCGCGCCGCAGCUUGGGCCGAACGGCCAGGUGAUCGUGAGCGCGUCCUCGGACGUCGCGGACUUCGGGGAUGUGCGGGACGAGAGCAUGGUGGACGGCUUCUACAACCCCCAGAUCGAGAGCAAAGUUUCGCUGUGUGUCGAUGGCAUGGCGUUUGAUGCGGGCCUUUGCUAUGACUACUGCUCAUUUGACUAUCCCGACGCCAUCAUGAACACGUGCAUGAAAGAGCAUUGCCCCGACGGCUUCUACGAGAUCGUCGGGGGGGUUUGCAAGAAGGACGGCUGGAACAUAGAGACCGCGAUGAAGGACAGCUACAAGCGGGAGGGAGGGAACCUGCCAGAGCUGUGCGAGCUUGGCGGUUCCUUCGGUCCUGGCAGCACCGACGACAACGGGAACCGCGACUUCACCUUGGCCAUCGUCUCGGAUACUCAGCUGCCCUGGUGCAGCGGCGACACCAAGUCCGACACCCCAUGCGCAAUAGAAGAGAACUGGCGUUUGGUGCAAGGCAUCCACAAGGUGCAGGACUUGAUGUGGCCGGCCGACGGGAAGAUGGUGGAUACGCCUGUAGGUGUGAUGGUCACAGGUGACUUGACCGCCUACGGCCACACCUGGCAGUACGACCUGUACCGACAGAUCUGGGAGACACGCGAGAGGGAGUCUGCUGACAAGAACAUCAAGCUUCCGGUUUGGCCGGGCCUGGGAAACCAUGACUACGCCAACAACUUGGAAAGUGGCUGGUUUGCCAAACAAGAACCUCUCUGGACAGCCUAUGGCUCGAACGGGAACGCGCAGCGAAUGGUGGCCUACAUCCGCUCCGCCGUCGGGAAGUGUGACGGGAAGACGGUGGUGCCCGGUUUCGGGGGCAUGGUGGAUCACUAUGACAAGGACUCCGCAGCCUAUUCGGCGAAGCUUGGGAGGAUUCGCUUUGUGCACUUGCACAACUACCCAACCUACCGUCGCGAGUCGCUGGUAGGACUGUCAUCCACCAUGAAGUUCCUGAAGGACGAGGUAGCCGAGGCUGAAAGGACACAGGACUACCUGGUUCUGAUGAUUCACGACGUCGGAGGGCACUUCAGUCACACGAAGGACAAGGAGCGCUACGACUACUUCUCCGAGGUCACUGCAGGCUCUCGGCUUCUGGCCGUCUUCGCAGGGCAUUGGCACACUGCGGGAGGCCACAAGUACGGGAACUUGAAGGACUCCCUCACUGGCGCAGAUCUCCUGAACUCCUGGGGCGGAGAGGUGCCCAUUCUGCGCGGCUACGCCCCAGACAAAGCGAAGUUCUUGGUGACGCGCUGGAAUCUGGCGAAGUGCUAUUGGCGCUUCGGAACGGUGGAAUCCACGGGGACCCCGGCAACUGCGCAGUGGUUCAGCAGUGGGGACGAGAAGGAGCACAACACCUUCGACAUUCCAAACUGCACAGUCGAUUCGGACUAUGUCGCUCCAGAUAACUUCUUUGGCAUGAUCUCGUUCACCAUCUCCACCCACCCGGUCUGGGCGCUGCUGGUUGUUCUGGUUCAGAUGGCGCUUGCUUGAGCUGCGCGGCAGAAGCCACGGACAGCCAGAUUCGCGCUUUCUGCUGGUCUUUGUGUUCUUUUCAGGGUCCAGCCAGGGAACAUUCCAGGGCGUUACGCUUUGACAAAAUGCGUUUUCCCAGAUCGACCUGGGCGGUUAACGUGCCUGUCGGGUGGCUCGCAAAGUGACUGCCUAGGGGAGCGAGGGCUCGCCUCACAGACAUCGCGACCCCUUUGCCGACGUCAACAUGGGGUUUCGCGGUUUGUUGAGG